AUCUCGAGUUCUUUGAAGAAGGCAACUUUAAGAAAGGUAAGGCUAGAUAGAUGUUUCCGCACCUUUAUCACAGCUUAAUCGUCUGGAACAUUUGAAAGUUGUCUACUCAACAUAGCCGAUAUAGAUACUGGCUACUUUGUAUCGAAAGCCUUUAAUCCUGAAUCAGACAUUAGCUAGCUACACAAAAGAUCACUGCGAUCUAAAUAUGAUCUGUGUUACUCUUGACUUCAUAAUUAGAAUAUCAGGCAAGAUGUUAAAAUAUGACUGUAAAGACAUAAAAACAUAUAAUGUGUAAAAAGAUUCGUGUUUACCAAUAAAAUUCAUUGAGCGCUCGCAGCGAGGUCCCUCUCCCAGUGGCAUGGGAUGUGAAAUAGUCAGCUAAAUCACAGUAUCAUGUUCGAAGUCUUACUGAUAUUUCUUUAUUAAUUUUCAGCGUCAGAGACUAAUCAUGAUAGCAAAAACCGUCUUCGCAUUUGCUCUCCUGUAUCUCAGUUGUUUUCAAAUCGUCACCGGUGUGACAGAAAGAGAAGUGGCGAACAUGUUACUGGCAGGUUAUCAGAAAGAAGGCCGGCCUGUACGGGACCCAACACAAGCCGUUGUAACAUCGCUGGACGUGUUGCUGAUACAGAUAAUCAAACUGAUUCCUCAAAGACAGGUCCUCGUCAUAAACUUUUGGAUUGUGCAGCGUUGGAGGGACGACUUUCUCACAUGGGACCCUGCGGAGUACGGCAACAUUUCAACCAUCAGACUUGGGAGUGAGAACAUCUGGAGGCCAAGACUCGUGAAUUAUAACAGGCAGCACGCGGAAGGUUGGUCGGAGCUACCAGACACAAACGCCAUCGUGCGAAGCGACGGCGAAGUGAUUUGGACGUACCCGAUCACCAUACACAGCACGUGCGUCCUGGACAUUGCUCGAUUUCCAUUCGACGUACAAAAAUGUCCUCUGAAGUUCGGUUCAUGGACCUACGAUUCCCUAGACCUGAAGCUAGUCAAUCAUUCUAAGACAGGGAAUAUUGAUUAUUUUGCUGCAAACGGCGAAUGGGAACUGCUGUCCUUUGAGCUAGAAUUGAAUCAAGUGGAGCACUCCUGUUGCCCUGGGGUACCAUGGGAUGAUAUGACUUACACAAUCACACUACAACGGCGGCCAACGUUCUUCCUAUUCAACCUAGUCGCACCAAGUGUGACCCUCGCGCUCCUGACUGUUUGGGGGUUCUGGUUGCCGCCAGAUUCGGGGGAAAGAUUGUCUCUCUGCCUCAGCCUGCUGCUGGCUCUGACUUUUCUACAGCAAACCGUGACCGCAUAUCUACCAGACACCGCCACAAACAUCCCUCUGAUUAACGUAUUCUUUGUAGCGAAUAUCCUUCUGGUGGGUGUCUCGUCGAUUCUGACCAUCUUCACCUUGAGCAUACAUUUCAACAGUGUUAACCUUCCGCCUGUUCCCAAUUGGCUGCGAUGUCUUUUCUGUCUCGAACAAUCGGACUCAAGCACAUGUAGGGUCAACGCUCCACAUGUCAAUGAAGUUGACGAUGCGGAUGCAUUCUUUGCGACUAAUGGAGCAAAUCCAACAUGGCGGCUUGUCCGAAGAGUAAAGAAGUUCAUUCGUCAGCUCAAUGAAGAACGCGGAAGGAAGACCCAUAACUUGAAAACAGAACGUGAAUGGAAAAUUCUAGUUGGAAAGAUAGACAGAUGUCUGUUGAUUGCGUUCAUCAUCGCUCUGGUUGUCAUAACUGCAUCGGUUCUCGGACCAAAUAAAUAGGAGCUGGAAAAUGUUGAGACGUUGCAAGGGAUUAGCCUCCGUUGCAGACUUCGAACGGGGUUGAUUUUAUUGUAGAGGGAGGGGUGGGCGCUGGUUCGCGAUUUUCAACGUUGGCUAGGUUCACUUAUGCCGUGGAAAGGAGUUUGCCCAUCCUCGGAAGUGGAAUUCGAAUGUACCUACUUGAUUGAAAUACAAUCCUAUGAUGGUAAGCAUUGUUUGCAAACAAUCUUACAGAAAUUCAGAAGAAUUUGGGCAUCUAGAAGACUUAAGUUAUAGGCUAUUUAGAAAAAAACCCACCACGAGUUC